AUGGCUAAGGAUGAUGAUCCGCAAAAGGCGGCGCCUUCGCAGCUAGUCUCUAAGAAGUCUUCCGCGCAGGAGCCGCAGAAGAAGAUGAGCCCAGGGGAGGAGAUGGAGAGCGAGUGGCAGCAGAUAGUGGACUAUUACGACCCGGCCAAUGUGGAGAAGCGCGCGGAGGAGGCGAGGAAGAAGGAGCUGCAGGCUCUUCAGUCCGCCAUGGAGGCGAAUCGCGAGCAGGAACAGAUUCUGGAGGAGUUCUACGGCAUCAAGCCGCGGCCGAAGCAGUCGCUGGAGGAGCUCGAGGCGGCGGCGGCGGAGGUGGCGGAGGAGGAGGAGUGGAACUUCCCGCAGGACCCAGACAAGUGGACGGAGGCGGAUCUGGGCGAGGAGUGGGCGGACGCGCCCGCCGAUGCCAAGGUGCCGUUCUACGACCCGCUCCUCGGGCUCUCCGCGCUCGACGCCGCCGAUGAUGACGCCGACGCUGACGACGGCAGGCGCAGGCGCAAGGCCCCGCGGAAGCAGCAGCGCGCGAAGCUGCCGCACUCGGAGGACCGGUAUGUGCCGUACCGGCAGGGGCUGCCGCCGGUGAACGAGAUGGACGACGGCAGCUCGGGCGCGCUCAAGGCGCUGGAGGAGCUGGAGAUGGAGGAGGAGUUCCUGCAGUGGGCCUCCUACGUCUUCCGCGACGGCGCCACGUACGAGGGCACGGUGUGGAACGACAUGGCGCAGGGCAAGGGAGUGUACACCACGCCGCUCGAGCUCUGCAAGUACGAGGGCGAGUGGGUGCAGAACAUGAUGCAGGGCCAUGGUGUCGUCUCCGUUGACGUCCCUGCGCGCCUCCCGCCGCCAGACUCCGAGGCGUGGCGGAAGCUGAAGGCGGAGGGGAAGGUGUUUGAGGACGAGGAGAUGAGCGCGGAGGACAGGGAGUGGCUGCGCAUGGAGCUCGAGGACCUCUCAACCCAGGAGAGCGAGGCCAAGAAGGCGGGGGGCGUGGGCGGGGAGGGCGCGGGGGCGGUGGAGGACCCCACGGACGCCGUGCCCUUCGAGGACCACCCCGGCUGGCUCAAGGUCUUCGGCCGCAAGCCGGAGAAGGGGCACUACGAGUACGCGGGGCAGAUGAAGCAGAACAAGUUCCAUGGCUGCGGUGUCUUCACCCUCAACGGCAAAAUGCACUUUGGCAAGUUCCGCUUUGGCGAGUUUCUGCGCAACAAGGACGAGUGCGACGCGCACACCUCCGGGUUCCAUGCGGGCAUGGCACGAGUGGCAGCAGCCAAGGCGCGCAUGUUUGUCAACAAGCCCGAUGGCAUGGUGCGGGAGGUGAAGGGGCCAUACAACGAGCCAUCGCACCCGUACCUGUACGACGAGGACGACAUGUGGCAGGUGCCAGGGUUCAUCCACGAGUUCCACGACGUGCCCGCCGUGUGGCGCAAGUAUGCGGACGAGGUGGACGGGGAGCGCCAGCUGUGGCUCAACUCCUUCAAGAAGGCGCCCCUGCGUCUCCCCUCGCCCUCCGAACUCUCCUACCUCUGGGACCAGAAGGAGGAGUUUGUGGUGCUGCGCAACUCACCGCGGCUGCCGGAGCGGGCGGGGGAGAGUGCGGAGGAGGCGGAGAUGAGGCGGGCGGACAUGCAGGGACAGGUUCUGGUGCACGUGCCGUCGCGGCAGAUCAUCAACUGGACCACGGACGAGGAGGGCAAGCUGCGCCUCUUUGUUCAGCCCUUCACCAAGGAUGGCAAGGUGGAUCCAUCCAAGGCGCGCCCGCUGCCACUGGGCUUCGACGAGUUCAUCAAGGGCGAGGAGAUGGAGCAGGAGGAGGAGGACGAGGAGGAGGAGGAGAGCGAGGAGGCGCGGCGCCUCAAGACCCCCGAGCAGCUGCAGCGCGAUGCAGAGCGCCGCCGGGCCAAGGCCGCGGAGGCGAGGCGGCGCCGCGUGGCGCGGUGGGAGCGCACGCUGCGCAACCGGGUGGCGUCGCGGCGCGAGCAGCGCGAGGAGGAGUGGGCACGGCAGGAUGCGGAGGAGGAGGAGCUGCGGCAGCUGGAGGAGGAGGAGUGGCAGCGCGAGGGGGACCUCAUGGAUGCCGAGUUUGAGGCCCGGCUUGAUGCUGCCGAGGGGAUCCUGCCCGCUGGAGAGGAAGAGGAGGAGGACGGGGCGGAGGGCGCAGAUCAGGCACAGGAGGAGGAAGCGGCUGGCAAAGGGGUGGUGAAGGGCAGUGCUGCAUCUGCGGCAGCUGCGGGGGCCAAGGCUGCUGCUGGUGCCUCUGGGGCCGGGGAGGAGGAGGAAGGGUCGGAGAGCGAGAGUGAGGGUGAGAGUGAUGAUGAGGAUGAGGAGGAGAGGAAGCCGCGGAGCUUUGGAACGGUGGCCAUGGCGGCGGGAGGGAGCGAGGGCAGGGAGGAGGGCGGGGCAGGGGAGGGGUGGCUAAGGGGGCCGGCUGCAGCAGGCAGCAGCACGGUGUUUGCCUCCAUCUCACUCUCCUCUCAGGUGGCACUGCAGCACGCCAUCCAUCACGCCGCACGCUCAAUCUCCUCCCUCCGCCGCCUCCUCCCCUCACCCUCCCCUUCCACCCCCACUGCGUCUCCCUCCCCCGCCGCUGCCCCCUUAGCCUCCCCCUCCCUGCCUCCCGCACUGGCACUAAUGGUGCGCAUGCCUUCCGUGCUGCCUCUCACGCCCUGCCUGCGUGCGUCAGCCCUGUCCUCAGCUGCACGCCAUGCACCCGUUGCUAAGAGCAGCUCACGUGGUGCUGCUAGAGCCAGCCAUGCUCGCCAGCAGCAGCACCCCCAGGAGGUUGCGGUGGUGGGGGGCAUUCUCUCCCUUGCCCUGCCACUGCCUGCUACCCCCCCCCUUGCCUAG